CUGAAGACACGCCCCCCGUGCUGAGGCCAGCCGCUCCCAGGCCUGCAAACAACAUGUCGUGCACCCAGGAAGACUCCGACUAGUGACGUCUGCUGCUCUGUGAGGAGGAGAAGAAGAAGAAGAAGAAGUGGAUGGAUGCAACAUGGGUUCGGACGAGGCCUACAAUUUUGUCUUCAAGGUGGUCCUGAUCGGGGAGUCGGGUGUGGGCAAGAGCAACCUGCUGUCCCGCUUCACCAAGAACGAGUUCAACCACGACAGUCGCACCACCAUCGGCGUGGAGUUCAGCACGCGGACGGUCCAGCUCAACACCUUCGCCAUCAAAGCCCAGAUCUGGGACACGGCGGGACUGGAGCGCUAUCGGGCCAUCACCUCAGCCUACUACCGGGGGGCGGUGGGCGCCCUGCUGGUCUAUGACAUCACCAAACACCUGACCUACGACAGCGUGGAGCGCUGGCUGAAGGAGCUCUUCGACCACGCCGACCCUCACAUCGUGGUCAUGUUGGUGGGCAACAAGUGUGACCUGGAGGCCGACAGGUCGGUGCCCACGGAGCAGGCCAGAGACUUUGCAGAGAAAAGUGGCCUGUUGUUUCUGGAGACGUCCGCUCUGGCGUCGACUAACGUGGAGGUCGCCUUCAACACCGUCCUAACAGAGAUCCACAAGAAGGUGAGCAGCAAGGAAGUGGUGCGAGGUUCCAUCAGCGCCGUGACGCUCAACCCCAGCGUGGUGCCACACCCGGAGGAGGAGAAGAAGCCUUGCUGCAAGAACAUCUGAGGAAGGAGGGAAGGGGUGUGGCCGCCUGGCAGGACCGCCCCCUGAGCCCGGCAGGACCGCCCCCUGAGCCCGGCAGGACCGCCCCCUGAGCCCGGCGUGCACACAUCCAACCACUGAUUAGGACUUGUGGAGGCCGCAUGUUGAUGAUUCAUUAUUAUAUAUUCAUGCCAUCCAGA